UCGCAUGGUGGACGAGGUCGGUUUCGUGUCUCAUGCAGGCCGGCAAACUGAGAUUUUCGACAAAUACGAGUUUAGUGCACGUGUGUGUGUGUGUAUGUGUGUGUGCCACCACUCACCCACCACCACCACCACCCACUGACUGCUUUAAUGUCGUGCUGAAAGCCUCCAAUGUAAAUAUGGUGUGCACAUGCAGGCACAUCAAUUAAAUGCAUUUAAAUUCGCAACAGAUUCAAACUAAAGUCAAAAUACAACAAUAAUUACUGCACAAUAUUGUCGGAACACACACACACAAACGCACGUACGCAUACAGGGAAAUGUGGCGACAUCUGUUGGACGGCGGCAUGUGUUAGCUUGGAGUGCGAGCCAUGAAAAUUCAUCCAUUUCGCACAACUCUGGCAAACUAAUGGAAAAUGCAUUAAUAAAAUCAUGUAUAAAUAUGCCAACAAACUUGAUGAAACUGAAAACUGGACAACAGGCAAAGCAAAGCUGCAACAACUGUAGCCUCAACAUCCACAAGCUAAGAAUGGAUGCCAAGGACUACGCAGGACUUGCCGGUUGCACGGGGCUCGCUUUUGUUCUAUACCUAAACACAUUAAACGCUGGAUUUGUCUACGAUGACAGGCGCGCCAUCUUGGGCAAUGCGGAUGUAACUGGAGCUGGUCCGCUGGCACAGCUGCUGCAACAUGAUUAUUGGGGCACAGCGCUGACGGACAGCGGCUCCCACGGCUCCUGGCGUCCGUUGUGCGUGCUGAGCUUUCGUCUCAAUUUCGUGCUGGGCGGCGGCGUUCCAUUUUCAUUCCAUUUGAUCAAUAUACUGCUGCACUGUUUGGUCACCGCUUUAGUUGGUCUCGUAGCACGCACCCUGUUGCCCACACGUGCCGGCGUUUGGUGCACCGCCGCCCUCUUUGCCGCCCAUCCCAUUCACACGGAGUCCGUGGCGGGCAUUGUGGGACGCGCGGAUUUGAGCGCCACCAUUUUCUGCCUGCUCGCCUUUUUGGUCUAUCGCCAUCAUAUGAUGCACAGGGAGUGGCAAUCUUUGUCACUCGCACUCCUGCUGGCCUUGGCCGCAUUGCUGUGCAAGGAGACGGCCAUUACAAUGCUGCUGCUAUGCGGACUAUGCGACGUGCUGGGCGGACGGGGUGUGAAACCGGCCGCAGCUGACAAGCAUCGUCUGCGCUCUCUCAGCAUUUUGAGCAUUGCUCUGCUCGGCGCCAUCUAUUGUCGUCUCGGUCUUGUACCCCAGCCCAGCGUUGCCUUCUCAAGCGCCGAUAAUCCAACGGCACACGAGUCCUGCUGGUGGACCCGGACACUCACGUACCUGUACCUGCCUGUGGUGAACUUUCAACUGUUGCUCUGGCCACAGCAUCUGAGCUUUGACUGGGGCAUGGAGUCGAUUCCACGCAUCCAAACAAUCUGGGAUGCACGCAAUUUGCUGAGCGCUCUUUUCUAUGGCACACUGCUGGCCGUCACCUGCAAAGGGAUACGAUUGCGUUCUAGAGCCAGUUCGUCAAUGGAUUAUACAGCUGUGGCGAGCAUUUCGUUGCCGUUGCUGCAGCGAUUGGGCGGCAACAGUUGCUACAAGUGGCAUGGCCUCCUCUGCACCUGCCAUCAUCAGCUGAAGCAGCAGCGCUCAUCCCAGCUACAGCAGCAACAGCAGCAGAGAUCUGCAGCUAUGAGCCAGAAAUGCUGUUCCUCCUCGAAAUCCAUUUCGGAGUCUGCCCUCAUCAUUUCCGUUGCCUUUUUGGUGCUGCCCUUUUUGCCUGCCAGCAAUUUAUUCUUCUAUGUGGGCUUUGUGCUCGCCGAGCGUUUACUGUACCUGCCCAGUGUUGGCUACUGCCUCCUUUUUGGCCUUGGCUUUGGCAAACUCUGGCAGCAUCUAAAUGGCUCAAAUCAUAGACUUUUGCUGGUCUGCUGCCUUGGAUUGCUGCUGGCUUCGUUUAGCCUGCGCACUGUGCAACGUAAUCGCGAUUGGCACGAUGAGGAACAGCUUUUCCGCAGCGCUGUGGCUAUCAAUCCACCCAAAGCGCUUGGCAAUCUGGGCAGCGUUCUGAGCAGCCAGGGACGCUACGCGGAGGCAAAGGUGGCACUUCAGCUGGCCAUCACAUAUCGCCCAAAUAUGGCAGAUGCGCACUUUAAUCUGGGCAUCGUGCAUCAACUGCAGCAGAACUACAGGGAAGCUCUGGCCUGCUACCGUCGUGCCAUAGAACUGAGACCACAGCUGGCGCUGGCAUAUCUCAAUCUGGGCACAUCGCUACUGGCAUGGAAUAGGACAAGGUACGAGACGGAGGCGGCGGCUGUGCUACUGCGGGGCGCUCGGCUGCAGGGGCAUGGCGUGCGUGAUCGGAAGGCUCACGAGGAGGCGCGUCAAAGUGCGUAUCUACAGUUGAGUGCAUUGCAUCGCUCAGAGGGCAGACAUCAACAGGCCGUGGAGGUGCUGUACGAGGCGCUGGCCACGUUGCACUUGGGGAACGCUGUCGUGUUGCAUCAGCGACUGGCGGCAUUGCAUGUCGAACUGGAGCAAUGGCAGCAGGCAGACGAGCAACAGCAACUGGCUGUGCAACUGCAACCGCAACAGAGUGCUACCCAUCUAUCCUACGGCCAAGUGCUGGCCAGAAAUUGCAGUCGCCAUGCGGAAGCGGAAGUGUGGUUCAAACGCGCCCUGGAACUGUCCCCCUUGGAGCCCAGCGCUCACCAUUAUUACGCUGAGUUUCUGGAGCAACAGCAGCGAUCGCACGAAGCGUUGGGCUACCGCCUGCGCGCUGCAUCUCUGGCGCCACACAAUUAUGCCCUGAAGGCGGCCGUCGCCGAUGCACUGCGUCAGCUGAAUCACCUGGCCGAGGCGGAGCUGUGGUACCGUCAGGCGGCUGUACUGCAUCCGAAAGCGGCACACGCUCACGCCAAUCUGGGCGCCAUUCUGCAGAUGCGCGGGCAACGCCAGCAGGCGUUGCAAUGUUAUCGCAAGGCGCUGCAACUGCAGCCGGGGCAUGCCACAAGUCUCGCCAAUCUGGCCAAAAUGAAUAUCAACAUCGAUGCGAGCACGUAGCAUCAACUCAACGGUUUACUAAUCAUUAAAAAUACUUGAGAUUUGCCAAGCAGCAGGAAAUGAGCAAAAUUUAAAGGACUUAGGGACAUAUAGAUAGAUAGGCUAUUCUUAUACAAUCCACUAAAUAUGAAUGUUAUCACCUGAAAGCGAAGAUUAAAUUUAUGUAAUUAUUUU